UACAAGUUAGUUCUCAAUCUGUGCCUAUAAUUAAUAUAAGAUUUAGGGGCGGCGCGGCGCGCGUGCUGAUAGAGAUGGGGGGCAGCAACAGCUCCAGGCACAUCUCAGUGGACUCUGAGGACGCAGAAGGGGUCGUGUUUGUGAAGGGCAUUCGGCUGAGAAAGUUGGGGUCAGAGCGCAGGGGCAGCUAUGAUACAGUGCCCCUGGAGCAGAGGGGGUUAAGGGCCUUGUUCAGUUGCCCAACAGUGGAGUUUGGUGGUGCUGGGGCUUGAACCCUGAUCCUCCGAUGAUGAUGUCUAUUGAUGGUGCAAAGUGCAUGAAAAGAUGACCGAUAGAGUGAUUGAUCGCAUGAGGGAGCCUCCACCAGCCCAGCGUUCUCAGUCCAAAAGCUCAACAUGUCCUCCACCAGAUCAGCUUUUAACCCCUCAGAGUGAGACCUUGACUCCUACUGAGCUUUUGCCACCAAAACUGCCCCAACCUCCUUCAUAUGCCAGUGCACUGGUACCACCAUCUCUGCAGGAGUCCAUCAGUCCACUUGCUCCUCUAGUGUCAGUAAGUCAGGAGACAUCACCUACAUCCACACCUACUGUUGAAGCAGUUCCCUCAGUUGCUCAUACUGUAACUGAGCCUGUGCCUGCUCCUGUGCCUUCAGUUCAAGAACAUAUAGUAAUAUCCAUGUCCUCUGAAUCUGUACCUCCAGCUCCACCUGCUGACCCCAUACCAAUAACCACAUCUCCUUUAACUGUCACUGAAGCUGUAGCAAUGCCUCUACCUGCUGAGCCUGUACCUGGACUAUUAUCACCUUCUCCUGAAGCUGUGGAUAUUUCUCCACCUCUGCCUCCAAUUACUGAUACUGUGCCUUCUCCUUCACCUAGUGAACCAACAGCCAUACCUCUUGAACCACCAACAAUGCCAUUAACUAAUGAUGUGCUCACUGCUCCACCUGUUCAAGCCAUACACCUGCCUCCCACUGUUGAUACAAUUAACAUACCUGUGGAAUCAUCUGUCCCAUCUACACCUACUCUGACCCUAGAUGCAACUAUUACAGUUGAACAAGUAGAGCUGCCUACAACACAUACCUAUGAGCCAGUGGCUAAGAUUGAAUUGCCACUUUUGCCUGUUACACCACUCACAUCAACCUCUAAAUCAAUGGAAAUAUCAACAGACAUUCCACCUGCACCUGUCAAGCCCAGUGACUUGUCCAGCAACCUGGAAGAGUUGCUGCCUCCUCCACCCUCUUCUUCUCUAGCUGUGUCCUGUGAAGUUCCCUCAGUGGGGCAGAAUGGAUGCCCACAUAAUGAAGAUACCCCAGCUCCAACUCCUGUUGUUGAGCCAGCUGUUGCACCAGUGUUGCCUCCUCUAACUGAAACAGUGGGUCCACUUACUUCUCCAGCGGCUAUGGUCAAUGAAGAAAAUCUGAGGAAGCUGAUCAGAGAUGAACUGCAGAAAGUCCUGCAAGAAGAGAUAAAGAUGGCAAAGCUAAAGAUCCAUAAGCAUUUGGAGGAGGAGAAAGCUAAGGCUGAGGCAGAAGCUCAGGCCAAAGCUCAGCAGCAGGUCCAGGCAGAGGUUCAAAAGAUCCUUGAGAAGGAACAGCUAGCCCUUCAGCAAACUCUAAAAGAUGCUGUUAUUCAGGAGCGCAAGAACAUUCAGCUUGCAAGCCAGUAUUAUAUCCAGAAGCUGAAAGAGAGGGAGAGAGACCUUGCAAAACAGGACUUAAUGUACAGUGAACAGAUUGCCAAGCUUGAGGAGAAGACUGCAAAGCUCGCCAGAGUCACAGCAGAGAGCUUCAAAAAGGGUCUGGAGGAAACUCAGAAACGUUUCAAGAGGUACCAGAUUAAGCCAGUUUGCUCAGAGCUGCAGAGUGAGAUAUUGAAAUGUUAUUUGCAAAAUACUGGCCAGUCUCUGACAUGCUCCAAGAUUGCCUUACAGUAUGUGAAGUGUGUGAACAAUACUAAACAGAACAAGAAGGUGAGCACAGGGGGUUAAACCCAUUUCCAGGAUGAACAUUAAUCUUAUGGUAGAAGAAACAACCCGACAGAGAGGUGACAAGCAUUUAUAAGCAGGUUAACACAGCUGUGCACCUUGCCUUCAUUCUAACUGUUUUGUUGCUAUACUGGAAAAUGCAAAGCACUGAGUUCAUAAACAUGCCGCGAGCAUGAUUUAGUGCAAUUCAUAUAAUAUAUUCUAACCCACCAUGAGUGGGUGUUUGACAUUAAAACCAUACGUAGAAUUCAUGGGAAGGAGAAGUCAUUGUGCCUCGAUUAUUCUUUUUUUGCUCAUCUGAAAAAAAGUGGACUGAAGCUUAUUUUGUUAUUUCUAGAGAUCUCUAAGAUAUUGCCUGUGAAGAAAGAACAUGAAAUACCCUCAUUAAAUAGUCAACAGUG